UGGGAGGGGCAGGUUUCGCGAGGGGGUCCCUGGAAAAAAAUCCACCUCUUCCCCGCCUCGCGCGCACCCUGAACUCGCUGCGCGCGCACCUGCCUCCCUAAGGAGCCGCUAAUGCCGCAAGGGCUCUUUCUAUCUUCCCAGGCCGCGAAAGCAGACUGGGCGUUCUUCGGCCUCCACCCCGAGUUCCACUUUCCUGUCUCUGGCUUUUCUGUCCCCAGCGCCGCCAGGUCUUGCAAGGAGACAGGGUCAAUUUUUUGAGCUGUCGCUUCUCCUUUAAGAAAAAAAGCCCCGUCGGCUGCCGGAUGAAAGUCUCUGACAAAAUGGCGGCAGUAGACCGGAGGCGGGGGCAUGGGGGCAACCAGAAUCCUCCUUGUAGCGCACGCGCAUGGCCAACUUUCCUAAAAGCAUUCUGGGGAAUGAAGUCGUAUUUAUUGGAUGCUGCCGGAAAAAGAUACGAAACCCGAGACAGAGAGGAUGCUGGGAGUUUGGGGCUGCCGCAUGAAGGGAAAGAUGCCUUAUUGGAGGAACUGGAACGCUCCACCUUCCAGGACAGUGAUGAAUAUUCCAACCCAGCUCCUCUUCCCCUGGAUCAGCAUUCCACAAAGGAGAGUAACCUUGCUGAGACUUCCAAUGUCCUUUCUGUUCACGAUGACAGAAGUCCCUUGCAGGUGCAGCUGGUGUAUACUACCAACAUCGAGGAGUCCAAUGUCUACAGUGAGGUCCAAGAACCGAAGGAAUCACCACCACCUCCUAAAACCUCAGCAGCCACUCAGUUGGAUGAGCUCAUGGCACACCUGUGUGAGAUGCAGGCCAAGGUUGCAGUGAAAGCAGAUGGAAGCAAGAAACACUUACCAGACAAGCAGGAUCCCAAGGCCUCCCUGGACUCGAUGCUUGGAGGUUUGCAGCAGGAAUUGCAGGACCUUGGGAUCGCCACAGUGCCUAAGGGCCACUGUGCUUCCUGCCGGAAACCGAUUGCUGGAAAGGUGAUCCAUGCUUUAGGGCAAGCAUGGCAUCCGGAACACUUUGUCUGUACUCACUGUAAAGAAGAGAUUGGCAACAGCCCCUUCUUUGAGCGGAAUGGACUGGCCUACUGCCCCAAGGACUACCACCACCUUUUUUCUCCACGCUGUGCCUACUGUGCUGCUCCCAUCAUGGAUAAAGUACUGACGGCAAUGAACCAGACCUGGCACCCCGAGCACUUCUUCUGCUCUCACUGUGGAGAAGUAUUUGGUGCAGAAGGCUUUCAUGAGAAGGACAAGAAGCCAUAUUGCCGAAAGGAUUUCUUAGAGAUGUUCUCACCCAAGUGUGGUGGCUGCAACCGCCCAGUGUUGGAAAACUACCUUUCAGCGAUGGAUACUGUCUGGCACCCGGAGUGCUUUGUGUGUGGGGACUGCUUCAGCAGUUUUUCUACUGGUUCCUUCUUUGAGCUGGAUGGACGUCCAUUCUGUGAGCUCCACUACCAUCACCGCCGAGGAACCCUCUGUCGCGGGUGUGAGCAGCCCAUCACUGGCCGCUGCAUCAGUGCCAUGGGGCACAAGUUCCAUCCUGAGCACUUUGUGUGUGCUUUCUGCCUGACACAGUUGUCAAAGGGUGUCUUCAAGGAGCAGAAUGACAAGACCUAUUGUCAACCCUGCUUCAAUAAGCUCUUCCCUCUGUAAUCUUAACUCAACCCUCAGCCCCUCCAGAUCCUCUGGAAAAUUUAAAUCAAGAGAGGAAAGAGUACAUUUGCUAUUACUGACCUUUUGCUUAAUAGGCUUAUAAAGAGAGUAAAGGUGAUGAGCAAGUAAGAGAACUUCUAGACAUUACAUGACUAGGCUUGGAAUUCUCAGGUAUUACCCUCCGGGCUAGCAGACUAUAGUAUCAUUAAGUAAGGCAAAACACCAAUUGUGUGUUUCCUUGAGAGUCUAAUGGAUUCAAUUCCAGUUCUUCUUUUUUUUUUUAAUCAGGGACCUGGAUUUGGAUCUGGGUCAUGCUAUCCAGUCCCUCUAUUUUCCAUAUGCACACAUUCAUUCCACCACUGGUUUCUCAGAUUUCUUCAUUUUCACACCUACUGAAGGCCCUCUCCUUUGGGCCUUGUAACUCCUCUUUCAAGCUUUUCUCUUUCCCUGCGGCUUACUUUCUGCAAUCACUGCUAUGGUCUUUAUCCUUAUUGUCAGGAAUCAUGGUAAUACCCUUAAGCUCUUUGAAUCAACCCUCAGUGUAUUUCUCUUUUUCAAAGGGAGCUAGAAUUUAACCAGGCAACUUUGAGUAUUAACAUCAUUGAUAAAUAAAAUGACUUGCAGUUUUGA